GUGGUUCGUGACCUGUCUUAGAAAAACUGAUGAACAUCUAGUGCUUUUCAGCUUUUUGGCACAGUUAACAUUUUUUAUUUUGCCAUUGUCUAGGUAUUGGUCGAGCUGCAGGUAGAGGGAUGCCUGCUGGCAUGGGCGGUGUUCCGGUCGGUCUUCAAGGGCCAGUUCGAGGUGUGGGAGGUCCAUCUCAGCAAGUCAUGACACCUGGAGGCAGAGGACAAGUGUCGGCGCCUCCCCAGAUGAAUCAGGGACCACCAAGGAUGGGAGGACCACCACCAGGCAUGAUGGGACCGCCACCUGGUAUGAUGGGUAUGCCUCCGCAGAUGGGCAUGGGUCGCGGGGGACCCCCGCCACCGAUGGGCAUGAGAGGACCUCCACCUGGCAUGAUGAGAGGUGGCCCCCCUAGGCCUUACUAGUGCGCCCUGCUUAGGUUUAAGAUAUGCAUAAUUUUCCAUUUGAUUUGUUAAUGCUUAAUUUUGAAUAAAUAUGGUGUUUAGAUGAUCUACAA